AUGGGUGAAACACACCAGUCCUGCAGCACCUCCCCAAGGCCCCCUUGUCCCUAGGGUGCCUGCAGCGUGGCGAGGAUGCACCUCUCAGCAGUGCUCAACGCCCUGCUGGUGUCCGUGCUGGCAGCUGUCCUGUGGAAGCACGUGCGUCUAUGCGAGCAUGCGGCUACCCUGGAGGAGGAGCUGGCCCUGGGCCGCCAGGCCCCGGAGCCAACCCCCAUGCUGAGAAUCAACUACCCCAAGGCCCUGCAGAUGCUAAUGGAGGGUGGCACGCACAUGGUGUGCAGCGGCCGUACGCACACCGACCGUGUCUGCCGCUUCAAGUGGUUGUGCUACUCUAAUGAGGCGGAGGAGUUCAUCUUCUUCCACGGCAACGUCUCCGUCAUGCUGCCCAACCUGGGCUCCCGGCGCUUCCAGCCAGCCCUGCUCGACCUGUCCACCGUGGAGGACCACAACACCCAGUACUUCAACUUCGUGGAGCUGCCGGCCGCUGCCCUGCGUUUCAUGCCCAAGCCCGUGUUCGUGCCCGAUGUGGCCUUCAUCCUCAAUCGCUUCAACCCCGACAACCUCAUGCAUGUCUUCCACGAUGACCUGCUGCCCCUCUUCUACACGCUGCGCCAGUUUCCUGGCCUGGCCCAGGAGGCCCGGCUCUUCUUCAUGGAGGGCUGGGGCGAGGGCGCACACUUCGACCUCUACAAGCUGCUGAGCCCCAAGCAACCGCUUCUGCGGACACAGCUCAAGGCCCUGGGCCGGCUGCUGUGCUUCUCCCAAGCAUUCGUGGGUCUCUCCAAGAUCACCACCUGGUACCAGUAUGGCUUCGUCCAGCCCCAGGGCCCCAAGGCCAACAUCCUGGUCUCGGGCACAGAGAUCCGGCAGUUUGCACAUUUCAUGAUGAAGAAGCUGAACGUGAGCCACACGGGCACCCCCCUCAGGGAGGACUACAUCCUGGUCUUCAGCCGCACCCAGAACAGACUCAUCCUGAACGAGGCUGAGUUGCUGCUCGCGCUGGCCCAGGAGUUCCAGAUGAAGACGGUCACUGUGACUCUGGAAGAUCAUACCUUCGCAGACGUGGUCCGGCUGGUCAGCAAUGCAUCCAUGCUGGUCAGCAUGCACGGGGCCCAGCUGGUCACUGCGCUCUUCCUUCCCCGGGGGGCCACUGUGGUGGAACUCUUCCCCUACGCCGUCAAUCCUGACCACUACACCCCCUAUAAGACGCUUGCCACGCUGCCCGGCAUGGACCUCCAGUAUGUGGCCUGGCGGAACAUGAUCCCGGAGAACACGGUCACACACCCCGAGCGGCCCUGGGACCAGGGGGGCAUCACCCACCUGGAUCGGGCAGAGCAGGCCCGCAUCCUGCAGAGCCAGGAGGUCCCCAGGCAUCUGUGCUGCCGCAACCCGGAAUGGCUUUUCCGGAUCUACCAGGACACCACGGUGGACAUCCCGUCCCUCAUGCAGACCAUCCGGCAGGUGGUGAAGGGCCGGCCAGGGUCCCGGAAGCAGAAGUGGACGAUGGGCCUGUACCCGGGCAAGGUGCGAGAUGCACGGUGCCAGGCGUCAGUGCAGGGGGCAUCCGAGGCCCGCCUCAGCGUCUCCUGGCAGAUCCCAUGGAAUCUCAAGUACCUGAAGGUACGGGAGGUCAAGUACGAGGUGUGGCUGCAGGAGCAGGGCGAGAACACCUACGUGCCUUACAUCCUGUCCCUGCAGAACCACACCUUCACCGAGAACAUCAAGCCCUUCACCACCUACCUGGUGUGGGUCCGCUGCAUCUUCAACAAGACCCUCCAAGGACCCUUCGCAGAUGUGCUUGUGUGCAACACGUAGUGCGCAUGCGCGGGGGACGAGGCCGGUGGCUCUGGGAAUCACCCUUUUAUUUAUUAUUGAGCAGGUCCGUUAUUGAGCAGCCCUGUGCCUCUAGGACUGCCGGCUGCGACUGGGGUACGGGCUUCGCAGCGCCUCUCUUUCUGCCAGUGCCACGGGACAGCCCCUACCCCUCAUUGCCUUCUCCUAUCCUGAGCGUCCAGAUUCCUAGAGAAGAAGGUUGUUAGGAGAAGGAAGAAAAAAGUAAGAAUCCCUGAA